GAGACGCAGAGAGAAGAGAGAGAGACUCUGAGAGACACUGAGAGAGAGAGACUCUUGAGAGACGGGGAGAGACAGAGAGAGACACACAGAGAGACUCAGAGAGAUACUCAGAGAUCCAGAGAUAGACUGCGAGAGAGAGGGACUCUGAGAGAGAGAGAGAGACAGCGAGAGGAGGGACAGAUAGAGAGAACGACAGAAAUAAUCGGGGAGACAGGCUCAGAGACUCAUGGAGAGACACAGAGACACGCACACAGAGAUAUAGAGCAUCAGAUCUCGUACAUAGACACAGAGAGAUUAAUUGAGAGACAGAGAGAAAGCUAGACACUGAGAGACACAGACAAACACAGAGAGACUCGGAGACACGGAGAGACACACAGAGACACACAGACACAGAGACGCAUAUACUUACACACAGAGAGACACGGAUAGACACACACACAGAUACUGAGAGACACAGAGAGACACACACGAACGCAGAGAGAUACGGAUAGACACACAGACACACACAGGGAGACUGAAAGACACACACAGACACACAACAGAGACACGGAGGCUUCUCUGAGUCCACUGAUCAUUAACGCAGCGGUGCGCAAUUAGCGAUGGAGUUGCACUGGAGGCGAUCUAAGGGAGAGAGAGAGAGCUAAGGGAGAGUUAAGCGAGCGAUAAAAAUCUUAAAAUCGAGUUGGAAAGAGAGAGAGCGAGAGAAAGUUAAUGGCGCCGAGGGAGAGUUUAGAGAGUGAGCUGAUGGAGAUAGUAAGUUUAGAGAGGGAUAAAGAGAUGUUAGGGAGAGUUUAUAGAUAGUGUAGGCAAAGGUGGGAGCGUUAAAGGAGAAUUUGGAUAGAGUUAGGAGAGAUUAGCGAUAUUUAAUAUAAAGAUAAUAUCAAGACUAACAUUAACUAGCUAACAUUAACUAUACUUACUAAUCGACGAUAAUAUAUUAACAAGUAUUACCAAUUAAGAUUAACAUAUCGACUCGCGUUGAAAAUCAAUGGUAACAUAGUUACUAGGAUUUAUAAUCAUGGCAAAUAUUUUAACUAGCAUUUCUAACCAAGGUUAGCAAUAACUAGCAAUUUUAAUCAAUUGUAAUAUAUUAUUUAACAUUUAACAAUACGGGAUGGGAUAAGCUAUACUCUGUUAAGGUAACAUCACUAACUAUCAUUAACUUCCACUAUAACCAAUGUUAUCAAUAACUACUACAAACUACCACUAACCAGUGUUAACUAUCACUAACUACCAGUGUAACCGGUGUUAGCAUCACUACCACUAUAACCAGUGUAAACAUCGCAAACUACCACGUAACUAUCACUACCACUGUAACUACAACUUUAAAUACCACUGUAACUAAAUACCACUAUUAACCUAAACUAUUUACCAGCAUCUGCAAGCCUGACCCCUAUUUCUAUCAAAUCUGGUAUGUAUUAACGAGCAUAACUACCACUUUACUGGCACCCUAGCAACCCUAACUUGCAUUACUUAUUAACACUAUACUUUUUAAACUGGUAAACGUAUCAAUACUAUUAUUAUCAAACUAGCAUAACUACCAUAUAAACUACCAUACUUACCAUACUAACUAGCAAUACUAGUAUAUCUCGCUUUGCUAAGACAAGCCUCCCGUAUUAACGAUCAUUACCUAUCCAGACUACCGUGUAAACUACCAUUGCCUUCACAUCCAAUUCAUUCGCUGGCGCUGCUCAUCAAUGCUACCGUUUCUAUAACGGCUAACGCUCCUUAUAUUCGUCUAUACUAGAGUUUCCGCACUCAAACUUUGGCCGUUUUUCAUGCAGCCGAUGGGCUGACCCGGGGUUCAUUCAUUCCGUCGAUAUCUACUUAGCCGUGCAUGAGCUUCAGCGGAUUUCGAAAAGAGGGAGGUGGGAGGGGAGGGGGUUGAGAUGGGGGCGGCUGUGUUGAGUGGGGCGGAGUCAAGGGACAGGGUCCAGGUCACGUGUCCACUUACCUGUACACACCAGCAUAGGGGUGCACUCACACAUGGGCAUAUUCGUUAACACUGCACACGUAUAAUCACCCACCCACUUCCCUCAGUUGCUCAUCUACUCUCCUAUUCAUUCCUUCACUCACACAACCAUACAUUCAUUCAACCACUCCUUCACCCAAUCACUCUUUCACAUAUUCAAUUAUUAAUACGCCUGCCUACUAAUUCACUCAAAUACUCACCAGCUAGCUCAUUCACCCACUCACCCAAUAACCCACUCAUUCAUCCAAUCGCCCACUCACUCACCGACUCACACACUUACCCACUCACACAUUCACCCAAUCGCGCACAUAGUCGCUCACUUAAUUACUCACUCGGCCACUCAUUCACCCACCUACACAACCCACUCGCCCGCCCACAAGUUCACCCAAUCAUCUACGCACCUACUUACCCACUCGCUCACCACCCAUGAGCCCCUAACGAGUCAUGGAUGCUCCCCGGGUGAUGAUGAUGUUUGUCACAAUCACCGUAUUCCUCACCCACGUCUCCACAGCGGCCCAGGGGGAAUGUCUGAGAUUCAGGCUCAAAUCUUCGUCCCCUCCUCCUCUCCCCGAUGCUGGGCUGAGAGUAGCAGAGUCCCUGGGUGUAGAAAACUCUGAGGGACUGGGAGAGAAGUCCAAGAGACUGAAGAUCGCUAGGGGAUUAAGAGAGAAGGGGGAGUCGAAGAGUUUCAGAGAAAACCCUAUUGGACCAGGAGAAGGGUCUGCUGAGGUCUCUAGGGAAUUGAGAGCGAGUGGGGAGUCGAAGAUGUUCAUAGAAGAUCCCCUAGAACUGAGAGAGGAGUCUGUGGGGUUUGAGAUCUCUAGGGGAUUGAGAGACAAGAGAAAUAUAUUAGAAAGGAACUCUACACGAUUAGAGAACCAUUCAUCAUCAUUAUCAUCUCCUUAUUCUACUACCGGACUAAGCGAGGACCCUGAGGGACUAACAGAUAGAGACACUGCUAGAGGAUGGCAGGAAGCUCCCUGGCAAUUGAAGAAAGUGUCGGUGAGGCCAAGGACCUCCCCCCGGACGAUUCCGCAAGAAUUUCUGGGGUUGCGAGGGGUGCCCAGGCCAUUAGAGGAAGAGUUCGGGGCGCGGCGGACCGAACGUCGGAAGGGCAUCACAGAACUUCCCGAUGGACCCGUGGGGGGGCCUGCGAUGUUCCCGAAGAUACCAACAGUGGGGAGGAGGAGGACGAGGAGGAGGCCAGGCGGAAAACCGUGGAGGGGAACUUGGGGUAGUAGACAUGAGAGAUCAACCCAACGGGGUUCGCGCAAAUCUCCUGAUCCUCCUCCGAUGGUGGCAGCCACUACCGGUUCCGCAGGGCCAAUGCCCUCAGCAUCUGUUUCCGGAGAAUCUGGAGACUUCAUGGGCCGGGUGAAUCCUUCCACCACCAGUUUGAGGAGCCCUCCCACCGGCAUGCCACGUGGUGGAGGGUCGGGGCCGCCACCGGCGAUGAGGCAAGCGACGACGCGAGUGGGGGGCGAAGGCUCCCCUGAGGGAAUGGGGAGGAGGUUGACGGGAGAGCACCGGGGCGUGGAUGGCCACUCUGCCGCAGGACUGACGGGAGGCGCGGUCGGAUUGACGGACUCCCCGGCAGGAUUGGCGGAGGGACCUGUGGUGUUGGAAACGUCCUGGCGGAACUUCUUUAAGGGGAUUGCGCGAUUGAGGGAGUGGAGGAGGAGGAUGGGAUUAACCGUAGAAUGGAGGAGAGGUGCGGACAACUCUCCUUCGAAAGGAUUACAGGAAGACGCUUUGGGAUCAACGAACUCCUCAGAGAGAUUACCGCACGAGGCUGUGGAAUUGAGAAUACCUUCCCGGAACUUUUUCAAGGAAAUUAAGAGUUCGAGAGAAAACAGGACGGAAUUAAUGGAAGAACGGAGGGGUGCGGAUAACACUUCUUCAAAAGGAUUAAUGGAAGAUGCUGCCGGAUUAACGAACUCCUCAGAGAGAUUGCCACAGGAGGCUGUGGGAUUGGGAAUACCUUUCCGGAACUUUUUCAAGGAAAUUAAGAGGUCGAGAGAAAAUAGGACAGGAUUAACGGAAGACGCCAUGAGAGCAACAAACUCCUCUGAGGGAUUGACAGAGGAGCAUAGGGGAUUGGCCAAAUCAUCACGGAGCCUCUUGAAGGGACUCAGGCGGCCACUGUAUCCUGCUGUGGGAGGGAAGACUUCCGCUGAGGGAUUACUGCAGGAGCAAGAGGAGUCGGGAGAUGAUCGGGUACGGAAACGGAGGAGUCCGAAAGAGGAAGACAAAGGCGGUCGCAAGAAGCCGGGGGGGAAGGGGGGUCGAGGCAACAACAAUAACAACAACGAGAACAACAAGAAACAGAAGAGGAAGAAGACGGGGGAGGUGGGGGUGGUCUCCGAGGUGUCCCCCACGGGACCGCCCACCUCGGCCCCGGCCAUGCGAGCGAAGUGGCGGCCCCUGGUGGCCGUGCUGGAGGGCGAGAAGGUGGUGCUCAAGUGCCAGGCAUCUGGAAGCCCCGAGUACAUGUGGCUCCUGAACGGGGUGCGCCUGAAGAAGGGGAAGGGAGUGCGGAUCAACACCAAGAAAGGGAUUUCCCGACUCACGAUCUCCCGGGCCGGCAGCCUGCACUCGGGCUCGCUGUCCUGCCAAGCAUCCAACAGCCUGGGAACCACCACCAUCACCACCACCGUCAGCGUGACGAGCACGGGGCACCUCCAUCCCUGCGAACCGAAACUCCAGCACGGGUUUUGCUUCAACGGAGGAACCUGCCAGAGGGUGCAAGGAGCUGAAGUCACGGGACUCUCGUGCAUGUGCCGGGCUGGGUUUUCGGGUCAGCGCUGUGAGCAGCAGACGACCCCAACACGGCUCAAACGCAGCGCCGGCCUAGACUCCAGGCGUCACCCUGAGGCUGUGCCGCCGGUGGUCAUCUUGGUUUGGGGCCUGAGCCUCGGCCUCCUCCUCCUCAUCCUGUCCCUCACCUGGAUCCCAGCCCUGAGACACAGGUCUCACCCUUCGCUCUCUUCACAUCCCACGCCUUCAAACCCCGGAGGAAUCCCUCCUCGGCUUCCGUGGAUUUCCACCUCAUCGGAGCCUCCACGGAUUUCUGUUCCGUCAGGCCUUCCGCGGAUUUCCGCCUCGUUGGAGCCUCUGCGGGGUUCUGCUUCGUCGGAACUUCCGCAGAUUUCUACUGCGACCAGGAGCUAUGCCUCUUGAACUCUCUUGAACUCUGCCCCGAAGAGAAACAGAGACCCAGAGGCCGUAGGUCAGAGGUUGGAAAAGAGAGAGAGAUGGAGAGAGAGAGACACAGAGAGAGAGAGAGAGACACAGAGAGAGAGAGAGAUGGCUUCACUCAAAUCUACAACUAUUAUAACAUAAAGAUAUAGCCUAAUAUAUAGGAGAGGAGGAGGAAGAGAGAUAGAGAGACGGAGAGAGAGCGAGACACACGGAGAAAGAGAGACACGGAGAGGGAGAGAGGCAAGGGAAGAGAGAGAUGGGGAAAGAGACACGGUGAGAGAUACAUGGGGAGAGAGAGACAGACAUGGAGAGUGAGAGACAGACACGGAGAGAGAGAGAGAUGGGGGAUAGAGACGAGGAGGAGAGGCAUUGGAGUAUACCGGACAUCGUGUGCCCGCAGGAGAAUGGACCUGGUGUGCCAUGCAUGACACACAGAACGGGAAAUGGUUGAGGAUCUAUACUUGACGUGGUAUGGCGGGAGAAGACAUGGAAGGGGAGAUGUGGAUCAGUAGCCUGGACAUGCUGUACCGGGUACACACACACACACACGAAGUGAUGGGGAUGAGUAGCCUGGAGGUUGUAUGCCCCAGGAGGAGACUGGGCGUAAUGUGCCGUGCAUACGCACAGAAGAAGAGUUGGGUUCGAGGGUACAGGACUUGGCGUGCCGUGAGGAGACACGGAAGGAGAGAUGUGAAUGAGUAGCUAUGAUGGACUUGGUGUGCCGAGAGGAGACUUAUCUAUUGGAACGGGAUCUGCUAUUUGCCUGCUUUGAACAAAAUCAGUGUUGAUGAUGCUGCUGAUGGUGGUGGUGAUGUCGAUGUUGUUGUUGUCGUCGUCGUCGUCGUGAAUUUGGGGUUUGUAUGAACGUACAGACGCCGUGUGUACACACAGGACAAGGACACACGGCAUGCACACAGAUACACACACAGAUACACAGAUCCACAUACAGAUGCACAUACAGUACACACACAGAUACACAGAUUCACAUACAGAUACACAUUCAUGCACAUAUAUACAGGAUGCUUAAAAUAAAUGUUAACACUUAUAUAGGACUAUCGUUUUUAAGGGGAAAAUAACGGAUCAUACACUCUGUAACAUGAUAACAAAUGUAAUGUGAAUAGCUUCAUGAAGUCAAUCUCCACUUGUCCGCCAUCAUUGUCAACGCGUGCCUGGAAUCUUGUUCCAGGUGGUCUCCAGAGCCCGGAGACGCCUUUCUUGUGGUGUUGUUGCAAAUUUUCAGAAGAAUGAAAACAUUUUAGAAGCACCCUGUACAUACGCAGAUACACACAUACCAAUACCACACAUACAUACACUUCAAUACCACACAUGCAUACACACACAUGUAUACAUGCAUAUAAAAUACAGACAUAUAUACUCAUAUAUACACACAGACAUGUAUGCAGAUAUAUACAUGAACAUAUAUACACAUGUACACAUAUAUGUACAUACACCUAUAUAUACAUACAUACACAUGUCCAUACAUUUACUCGCGCGCGCUCUCACGUACACGCACGUACACACACUCACACUAGUGUAUAUGGACGCCAUUGGGUUCGUGUAUUCUCUUGUCAGCUGUGCGCGCACGCGCGCAUGUGUGUACACGUGUGCGCGUGCGAACACGUGUACACACACACACAGGCACGCGUGCGUUGUAAACAAUAUGGUAUGUAUUAAACACCAUGAUAUGA